AUGCUGGCUUUCAUCUCUCUUUUUGUCCUUCCCUUCGUCCAUGCGCUUACUGUCAAUAACCUGAACACUACCGUCUCCUCUGCAGGUCCAAUCACAGUGACGUGGACAGUGUCCGCCGGCGACCCCGAUACGUUCUCUAUUGAACUGAUCAAUCAAGGGUUCAAUCGACAGUUCGCCGUUGCGAACAAUGUGGAUGCAGACCUACAGUCGAUAACUUUGUCGUUGCCUGAACUUCCAACUGGGAGUGGCUUUACAACCCAGCUAGUGAACGUUUCGAAUAUCAACGAUGUUUUCGCUCAGACGGGCGACUUCUCCGUUGCUGCAGCAUCGUCCUCAUCUACAAGUGCUAGCUCAACUGCAAGCAAUAGCGCUUCCUUGAUAUCGGCGUCGGCGAUCGCAACAACAAUGGGAUCCGCAAUCUCCUCUGGCGUCAGCUCGUCACGCUCUGUCGCUGCAUCAUCCGCCGGGUCUGCUUCUGCAUCCUCUACCGGGAGCCUCAACUCUGCUUCCAGGCUUGAGCUAGGCUCAGGUGGUGCUUUGGCGGCGAUGUUGGGAUGGGUUUUGGCUCUGUAAAUCGGUUCAUCGCUUCGGAUGAUUACUCACGUCCUGUUAUCGUGGUCGUUUUUCUCUUUUAUUCAUGUCACAGACUCUUUCUCUUCAUAUGCACGACCGAUCUGUACCACUGACGUACCAGCACCAUGAUGAACGCAUUUCAUUGAACCCCUCUCGACGAGCAGGU